GGAGCUCUGAAUGUUCGCUUCCGGGCUUAAAGAGACAUAGAUAGACACGGGCAUCGAACUGUUUCGGGAAGUCUCCUGCUGAGUUUCCCUACGGUUUAAUGAGAGACAGGAACCAUUCAAUGAUGGAGAAGGAUCAGUGGAAAUUGUUAGUGAGAUCAUGAACGGUCGUCGGAGUUCCCUGGUGUUUUUCACUGUCGGCGUUCGCGGAGGUGCUUCCGCUCGGUAGGAGAGGCAAUUGACAUCUCGUCUCACUCAGCAAAAACGUCAGAGAACAUGACGGACGAGAAGGAGCGGAGUAACAUACUUCUAGCCCUCCAAGCUCUCUUAGAAGAGUUUUAUUCAGCCUCCUGCACAAAUGAAAGGAAGCGCAUCAUCGAGGAACAAUUGACGAGUUUCUCGAGGCAGAGCAAUGCCUUAGACCUGUGUCUAUCAUUCCUGUCAUUGACGCGUGAUCCCUACGUUUUGAUGUUUCUGGUCAAUCUCAUCGAAGGUGCUGUGCAACGCUCAUGGCAUCGGUUGAUGUCCGACGAGAAAAUUCUUAUCCGGCGAUCCGUGGCUUCGGCUCUACUCUCCCCAUCAUCGGAAAUGGUUGCUUACGUCCGCAACAAACUGUGCAAGGUCUUAGUCGAUAUCGGAAAAUUCGAUUGGCCACAUUUCUAUCCGGACUAUUUCAACAAUAUCUUCCAAUUGAUAAACAAUCAUCCGACGAGACUCGUGGGAGUUCUGUUGCUGCGGACGACGUCGGAAGAGUUCAUUUCUCCGAAGGAUGAUCUCUGCGCUUCACGGAAGAAAGAACUCAAACAUUUCCUGAACAACCUUGUUCCUCAAAUGCUGACCUCCCUUACCGGAGUAUUGGACGAGAUUCUGAUGUCAUGUCAAACCUCAUCGUGCACACCCCCUCCAUCGCCAACGCAUCCUUCGUCGGGCCAGUCCUCGUUAGCACCCCUGACGAGUUCUGCUCCCGUAGCUCAAGCGUAUAUAGGAGCCGCAUCCGGAACGCACUUGAACGUCGAGUCACAUCUGCACAAACCGGAGAGUAAUCAACAAUUGAACCCUCAUAAGCCGCUGGAUGCUCCUUCGAGGGAACUAGCUCUGGCGUGUCUUUCAGCCCUGGAGCAGCUCACUAGUUGGGUAUCCAUUGGCUCGAAUUUCGGACCUUCAAUGCUCAACACCCUCUUCGGCUUCAUCUGGCUCGGUUGCGGAGAACGAGCCGACGUGAAUGCUGGAGCCGCGGUGGCCGCCGUCAGUGUUAUCAACGAACUUGUUUAUAAAAAGUGUUUCACGCAGAGGGACACGCAGGCCUGUCUAGUCGCAAUUUUCGAGAAUACAUUCCGUGUGCUGCAGUUGAUCACACAAGCCUCCGGCGUACAACAUCCGCGUCUCCACGAAGUCGAUCCUUUACUAGUCACAAAACUCGGCGAGCUCCUGCAUAUCUUGAUCGAGAAUCAUCUAUCGAGAUUCCCCGACGAAACCCCUGACGCUGCCCUUGUGCAGUUUGUACAUUUAGUUCAGGCUUUCACCCUCGGUCUCAAUGAUGGCGAGCAAUAUCUGGUCUCUUUGGACACUUGGCUUAGUUUUUUCGAGAAUAUCGAGGCGUCCGGGAAAACGGCCAAAUACAAACAGAUACUGGGGAAUCUACUCAACGAAGUCAUGUCACGCGUUAUGGCCAAAAACCAUCCGCAGAUUAUGGAGAUGUCAACCGAGGGCGACGAGAGUGAAUGGGAGAUUCAUUUGAGCAAAAGUCUCCAAGUUGUUUCCAAGAUAUCGGAAUUGGUCGUGGAAGAAACCUGUGUGCAUAUAAUCUCUGCGUGGGAUGCAGCCGUGGCAUCGUUUGACAAUGGUCAGAGCUGUACAAUCGAGCAACUCAAAGAUCUUUCCACUCUGGCGCGAACGAUCGGAUGUCUCGCUUCCUCUCUAUCUUUGCUCGUAGAGAACUGCAUCAAUGCCGCUCAGAUUCCGGUUAAGCUUGUGGGUGAUCUCCUGCGCGUGAUCCGAAGGUGUUCGGAUAUUCGGCGUCAGAGUGCUGAUCGCAUUGGCGGUCAUCAGUCGUCGGAACACAUAGUCUCGAUAACCGUCAAAUGAAUAUUGCAGGUCGAGAAAGAAUGUUUUGCGAGCAUACAGUCGUAUAUGCAUCUGCUUGGUGCUUCCAUGACAGAGAACGCCCACAAUGGAGGUUCCGUUGGACGUCAAAUUGUGAAUGAGGUCGCAGAAACCGCUCUCGAGGCGUGCCUUGAACGGCGGGGAGCGUCUGCGGCUGCAUCGGCCGUCCUGAUGUCGCUUACGACGAAGUUUCGAUUCCCAUACCUCAUGGAAGGUCUCUACCCGAAGCUUGUGCCAAUCAUCUGCGGUUUACGCGGUGACGAAGACGUGAUCCUGCUGAGGAAUUGCGCCGUCAGUCUACAGAACAUUUGCCUUCUGCCGUGGAUUGGAGUGGAGGCGAUCGACCAAAAGUUUGAGACUCGAAAAACCCACUACGAGGCCGUCGUGCAGAACCUACUGAGCAACGCUCAUCAAAGUAGCAAUAACGCUUACCGAACAAUGAACGGAGCCGUUUCCCCAAAUCAGAAUCAUCUCCAGAGCCACAUCGAACGAUCCAAAUGUCGUCAGGCUGCCAUGGUUUUCGAGAUAGCAACUGCGAUGGUGGAAGCCCUGAGUUCAAACUGCACCAACAAAUCGAAAGCGGUCGUUGCCGAAUGCUUCGAAAAACUCCUGGAGGCGUCGGAGGAAUUGCUUUUCAGAGAGGGUCAACAUAUCGAACCUGAAAUCGGCCAAACCGUCAUGGCCUUCUACAAAGCUUGUUUCCAGAUCAUUCCGAGCAAGCUUGAUCGGUUCAUCGAUCGAUUACUUGAGAUGACGGGUUUCGCGGGCGCAUUCGUAACCGAGGCUCGGCUAGUUCCGUAUCUAGAGGGAUUCCUUGGACUACUCCGGGAAAUUCUGCUGAGUCCGUCGAAAGGCUCGAUAUACUUGAGACGGAUCCUUCAACUAAGCCUCGAAUUGUGGCCCCGCACAGUAUCUGGCGAAGGGGAAAUGCUGCGACCAACCUUGAUACAGCUCUUCCAUCACAUCCUCGCUUUCCACUGGCGACACUUCUUCUCUACGAAUGUCGCACAUCUGAUCUCGGCCACAGGAAGCCCGGCUGUCGAUGGUGAAGUCGCUAAUAAAGCCGAACUGGUAGCCAUCAUGCAGGCCUACGGCUGGUGCCUCGUUCAACAAACAAGGGAUAUCGUGGCUUUUGGAGAGGUCCUCCGGAGUCUUCAAGAGCUUAAUAAUAAAUGGAGGCUAUACAAGAGACCUAUUUUCGAAAGUUUGAUGAUGGGCGAAUUCCUCGGCGUCCUCAUGCGUGCUCUGCUGGCGAAAAGUCACGAAUUGUUCCGAGAUGAAAUCUUGCAAAUCGUGUUCUCGAUGGCGCUGGCCAUCGGACCGGAGAGAUUCCAAGAGGGCUACAUGCCCCAGUUUGUGGCGCAAAUUGAGAAUCUCAGCAGCUAUCAGAAGGAACAACUCAUCAGGGAUUUCCGCGUCCACGAUGAAUUCACAUUGUUUUCGGAGAACCUCAACAGUUUCUUCACCGAUAUCCGUUAUUUCCUGAUGUGCAAUCAGGUACUGCCCCCAUCUUCCGUCACGCUGUGAUCGGUCCCAGCCUCGAAAGGUGGAAAUAUUCCUGACUUUGGUUUCGGGUUUGGAUUGCCUGAGCCUAGUAUUCUGAACCAAUGCAUAGUAUUUCGAGUCUGACUGGAGGACUCGACGUAGCUUCCCUCAAAUUCCAACAUUCCUCUGGAACUUGACGGUUUUCGGAACCAUUACCAUCCCCCUUCCGAACGCUUGUCCCGAAUUGUCUCAAAUAUUGGGUAUUGGAGAGACCCGGACCCACGGGAGUCACGAGAUCGGAUGGUUCUUCCAAACAGUCUCAUCUUGUGGGUUCCUCUCUCUUAGUCGGCGAAUAUUAGUCGGAGUUCAAUGAUAGCCGUGCCAUCCUCAGCAGAGUGACCAAUUAUCGGGAAAUUCAGAAUUUCCAUGCGAGCGCAAGAUUGAAGUCAGAUGACGUGAGGACUGUUUUAUACUUUGAUACGACACUUCACUGGCGUCUCGGAGAGCGGUCUUCUUAUAAGAGAUCUAAUAAACAAUCUAA